AAAACAUAGUACAAACCUUACAGUAUCCGGGUUUUUCAGUGGAUUAUCAACAACGAUUCCUGUGCGUAUGCUUCAAUUAAUGGCAUUCUGCACUAAAUGCAAAUGCAAUCGCGCUGACAAUCAAUUCAUAUGGAAUGGCGUGCGUCACAAGACAUGUAAAAGAUGUAAAGAGAACCGCGACAAAGAGAAUCAUAACCUAAAGGAUAAAGAAAAUAUUAGAAUCGACGAAUUAAGUCAACGUAAUAACAUGAAAAUUUCUCCUGGUGUUUUAGAUAAAGAUCCUGAUACAGAUGAAUUAUCGCAAGGCACAGAAGUUAUGCUAAAUGAAUCCAUGGCUGUGGCAAAACACUCAGAUGUAGAGCGUGUAGAGGUUGAUCAUCUUGAUGUGGGAAACUUUAUCGAGCAAGAGAUACGGGAGCUGACAGUUGGCGCACACAUUGAUGGAGUCGCUGACAUAAAAUAUCAAACUCACUUGCUUGUACAUUUAGACAUCGCUAUAACUCGAAACAAGACGGCAAAGGAGCUUGCUGAUAUUAUCAUCACUGAAAUUGAAGAUGGAGAUGAAUACUCGUGGAAGCAAGUAUCAUCUCAUUACACGUACCUAUCAAAGAAAUUUGGAAGCACAGUUGGUCGGUUCGCUUAUAUGUGCUGUCAAUCAAAAGAAGCACAAAGUGAAGAGUAUAAAGAUUCCAAUUGCAAACGGCGAAUGCGCUAUGAUUGCAAAGGUAGGAUUGUAGUACGAGUUGAUACAGUCCUUAACGUUAUAACCGUAGAUAUCUAUCAUGGAUUCCUUCAUCCACGUCCAAACCUUUGCAUUGAGAUGCCUGAAGAACUACAACAAGAAAUCAAAGCACACUCUCACCUUACCGUAGUGGACUUGAAGAAUCACCUGCGACAUCAAGGGUUCGAUAUCUCGAAGUACUCACCCAAACGCAUUUAUUUUUGGAAGUCCAUGGCGAGCCGGGGGCUAUUCCAACGUGACGAUAACCAUAUUGAAUCCGCGCGCAAGCUGCUUAGUGAGCACGAUAGUUAUGGCUUUAGCUGGUGCUUAAAUAUAGAAGAUUCGGAAACUACAGCCAUCGGUUUCACCACUCCAUUGUUAGAAGAAAUUAAAAAUCGCAACAUUAACAUUACUGAAAUCUAUUUCGAUGCAACUUAUAAGACGGCGAGAGGGCGAUAUGAACUUUAUGGUAUCAUAGCAGAUGUUGAAGGCA